AUGGAAAACCCUAGCAAAAGCAUCACAUCUCUCUUGGUUUAUUCUUCUUGGAAUCUUGUAUUCUCUUGUUUCAUGGGUUCAAGGGUUACUUUGAAUGAUUUUUUCACUUGUGCGUUGGAGGUCCCUGAACGGACCAGAGAAAGUCCUCCAAGGAAUAUGGAAGCUUAUCAUGAUCAUGCAAUCCCGGAGCUCCCAACCGAAAUCAUAUUCACUCAUAUACUCCCACGACUAUCACCAAAGGAUCUGAUGAUGAGGUGCCCUUGCGUAUGCAAGUCUUGGUCCUCCUUCAUCCGUAGCUCUUCCUUUGUCGCCGCCUUCAGCAACUUUUGCGGAAACGACAACAACAAGAGCACUACUAACUUCCUUUUCCAAAAGUAUCACCAGUUCUUGUCGUCAAAAAUAGAGAAACAAGGGAAUGUUUCAACACCGGCCGUCGAAAUUUGCGAGGUUUUCGAAUAUUGUCUGUUUUAUGACGGAAAAAUUCAGGAAUUAGGCCAAUAUUAUCCUGAUGUGCAGAGUGUCCAUGGCUUGAUUUGUGGAUCCUCUGGCUUUCAACCUGAGUUUUUUAUACUCAACCCUAGCACUCGAGAGUACAUCGAACUUCCCCAUGCAAAAGAAAGGCCAGUCAACCGCUAUGCACAUCACGGAUAUCACUUUGGGUUCAGUCCACUUACCAACGAGUAUAAGGUUCUCCAGGUGCUUUCCUUUCGUCUAGAUCAAGGAGAUAAAUGGGAUCUUGUCUUCAACACGUUCACACUAGGUAGGGAUUCUUGGUGGAGGCCAUUGCAGGUAGACCAUGGCGAUCUUCCUUUUGAUGCUCUAGCUUAUGCCUCUGACUUUCAUCACCAGAGAAGUACUGCCAGUGUGUGCCUCAAUGGGGCCGUAUAUUGGAUCUAUGAGAAGCAGAAAAUGUUAGUUGCAUUUGACGUUAAAGAGGAGACAUUCAAAGCGCUGCCACUCCCUGAAGAUUAUGAUCAAGUGUUUGCUAAUUAG